AUGCUGCCCUGCCCUGCCCUGCCCUGCCCUGCCCCUGCCGGCCCCUUUCACGAUUGCAGCAAAUUUCAAGAAGUGGCUGAAACAUUCACGAUUGGCGCGAUCGACCCCAGAAGAGCUGCAUGCUGUCGCGGGAACCUGGGGGCAGCAGGCAAUCUGCAGGUCGGCGAUGCUGCUGCUGCUGCUGCUGCUGCUGCUGCUGCUGCUGCUGCUGCUGUAGAGGCGCUGUUGUUGCAUGCAGCAGCAGCAGCAAAAUACGGGGAAGGUGACAUGAGGUGCAUGCGCGGACACAGACGCCCCUACAGCAUCGUGCAUCAGCAGCAGCAGCAGCAGCGGGCGAGUCGAGUCGAGUCUAGUCUAACAGAAGCAGAUGAGAGAUGA